AUGGCAGUUGAAUUUGGGGACCGUAACAGCGGCUUCCGCCAUACUGAAGUAAUCAAAUUCAUUAAUAAUGAAGUCCUUAUGAAUGGAGGGGGUCCUGAAUUCUAUAUGACCUUUCGCUCUCGGUCUUGGGAUGAGAUAGAAGAUCAACUUCAUAUCAUCCUUGUCGAUCCCAAAGUGUCACGCUCCCUAAAAAGGGCUUGUACCUGGAGUGCUUUGGCUUUGAGUGUGAGAGUGGCUGCCAGGCAGCGUGAACAGCAGGCACGUAGAGUUUGGAGGCUGCAGGACCAGGUGGGAGAGCGUGAGUCAGCUUCCUGGACUCUGGUCUCUGAACUACAGAGGUUGCGAGAAGAGAGGGACCAGGCAGCUGCUCAACUCCAGUCUACACAGAUUGCCCUCCAGGAGGCAAUGGAUGAGCGGGAAGUACUUCUUGGUAGGCUGCUCCAAGCAGAGAGGUCUGCACUGGCUGUUGUGUCGGAACGUAGAAUGGAACAUCGUAGAACAUCAUUGUGGUCAUUCGAGGAAGAGGAGCUGGAAGAAGUGGAAUUUAGAAACUCUCAGAACAUGUCCCAUUUGGAGGCCCAAAUACCAACCUUAACUUGCCGGCCUGGACUUCCAACAUCUUGUGUCCAAACAGUACAUCCUUUUCUUCGAAUGACUGUGCCGCAUCCACUACCACUCAAUGCGCCAUUGUCAUUGAGAUCCCCAUAUUCAACACCCGUACCAUGUCCAGAAUUAAUGGACUCAGAAGCAACAUCAACAGCCAUGGCCACAGGUUUACCUCAGAUAGCUCCUUCAGGAAUCCACCCACCUGGCAUGUGGUUUACACUGGGGUCUCAAGAAACAAUAGCUCCUGCUUGGGACCAAAUCUGCCACAGGCAGAAUGACUGUUCUGACAUCCCCCAGGAUAUAAGUCACCUGGCAGACAGUAUAAGCCACAGUGAAGAAGAAGGUCCAGAAAAACCUCAAAGAACAUCUCUCCAUGGGGCCAGCAGCAACAAAAGACACAAGGAAAAACGUGCCAUACUCCAGAUGAUGGCUGCCACCGAGAAGAAAAAUCUAGUGAUGUACCAGAAAACAGCUGCAGUGGAAGUCAACAGUAAUCACAGCAUAAAGGAAGAAUCAGUAAUGCCCCAGGCCAUAGCUGCCCAGGGGAAAAAAACAAGCUCCACCCAGAAGAAAUGUCCAGGAAUUUCCCGGAGGGUGGCUGGCUUGAAAGAGAGCAACAGCCACAACACCAAAUGUGUUUCUAUAACUCCCCACGAGACAGAUCAUCAAGGGAACAAAAACACCCCUACCCUGAAAAAAUAUCCAGGGAUUCUCUUGAGGAAGGCUGACCUGGGAAACAUCGUUAGCUACAACCAGAAAGAGAAUGCAAAAACACUCCAGAGGGUGACCAGCCUGGGAGAAGGAACCAGAAAUUGCCAGAAAGAAGACACUUUUCAUCACAUGACACGCCUGCCUGCUGGUGGGAAUCCUAAUGAGAAGAAAAUGCCUCAAGGGACCAGCAAGAGCCAGAGCCAGAGCCAGAAGGAAGAUCCAAACAGGUUCCAAGCAAACCACCAGGGAAAAGGUAAAAGUUAUUUUAUGAACAAAUGUCCUAAAAACCAACUGGCUCCAAAGCAAAAGGUCAAGCAACCUCAAGGGAUCAAAUCUUUAGAAACCAAGCCACCUCAAGGGACCAAGUACUCUGAAUCCAAGCAACAGGAAAAACCUCUCUCACACCAUAUGUCAGUGAAUUGGAUCUGCCCAUCAUGUAAAGCUGUGAAUCGCUCAUGGUACAAGAGUUGCUAUAAAUGUGCAAAAGCAAGUGCUCAACUUGAAAGAAAACAUGUUGACCUAUAA